ACCUGAAUAAACCAGCUACAGGAAGCCGCCCGGCUGGGAACAGCUUCCCGGUCCGCGGUGCCUGCUGAUGGAGUCUGUGCCAUGCCUUAGGGCGAGGCUGUAGUGUCCGCGCACCUCCGCAGGAGCCCUCCGCUCGGCGGGCACCGAUGCCCAGGCUGCACGACCACUUCUGGAGCUGCCCCUGCGCCGGCGCCGCGAGGCACCCGAGCCCCCCGAGAGCCCGUGCCGUGAAGCCGGCCGCCGAGCCCGGAGACAUGAGCGCCGCCGCGGCCCAGGCCGCGGGCGCAGACCCCUCGCCAAGGGGCCCGCGGGCCGGGGCGAGCGGCCGCGCCAGCAGCUGGCACCAUGACCUGGUGCAGAGGAGCCUCGUGCUCUUCUCGGUCGGAGUCGUGCUGGCCCUGGUGCUCAACCUGCUGCAGAUCCAGAGGAAUGUCACUCUCUUCCCUGACGAAGUGAUUGCCACUAUCUUCUCCUCCGCCUGGUGGGUGCCCCCGUGUUGCGGGACGGCGGCGGCGGUUGUCGGCUUACUCUACCCUUGUAUCGACAGUCACCUGGGAGAGCCCCACAAGUUCAAGAGAGAGUGGGCGAGCGUCAUGCGCUGCAUUGCCGUCUUCGUUGGCAUCAACCACGCCAGUGCUAAAUUGGAUUUUGCCAAUAAUGUCCAGCUGUCCCUGACCUUGGCAGCUCUGUCCCUGGGCCUCUGGUGGACAUUUGAUCGUUCCAGAAGUGGCCUGGGACUGGGGAUCACCAUAGCCUUUCUAGCGACUCUGAUCACUCAGUUUCUCGUGUAUAAUGGUGUCUACCAGUACACAUCCCCAGAUUUCCUCUAUAUUCGCUCGUGGCUCCCAUGUAUAUUUUUCUCAGGAGGCGUCACCGUGGGAAACAUAGGACGACAGUUGGCUAUGGGUGUUCCUGAAAAGCCACAUAGUGAUUGAGCCUUCAAACCCACUGAUUCCGAAGAAGAAGCAAGAUCUGGGAAGAAAGCUGUGAUAGUGGUUGUGAUGAAGAUGUUUUUUCCUAAAUACUCUAUUUAGAUUGGGCUGAGGACAAAUGACUCCUGGAAGCUAUGUUCACCUGGUCUAGAAUAGCAAACUGGAGACGAUGACUACUGACCUGGAAGUCUUACCUUGACCCAGCACACCCACACCUGUCUGCUGCGGGGCGUUUCCUGGCGGCUUGUGGGACUCCAGGCUGGGCCGUUUUCCCAAGUAUUAGGUUCAUUCCUGCUUUAAAAAAAACAAGUUGCCAUAUUUCAAAGCCUUGAGCUAUCCCUUGAUUACCCACUGUCAGUUUGUGUCUGUGCCCAAAGGAAACAGGUUGAUGGUGCUUGACGGAUGAGGUGUGGUAGAACAGGAGUGUUCAUCCAGAAGGUUUUAAAAUGGGGUUGUGUUUAAGAGAAAGGAAAAAAAAAAAAAAAAACAGAAAAGCAAGGGUAGGGCGGUGGCUGCUGAGUGGCUGGCGCUGGUGGCACCUGGGCUGGCUCGCGUCCAGCGCUGCAGUGGCCACCACGUGGUCAUGCACCUCUGCCUGUCACCAGAGAGCGGAUUGUGCUUUUCAUUCUGCCGGCAGAACCCCGUGUAGACAAUCUUCUGAGAGCACACGGCAGUGAGAGGGCAUGAUUCCACACUGACACGGGACGUGUCACUCUGUUCACCGAGUUGGCCCCCAAACCCGAAUCCUCUAGGAGUGAACACCUGUCUGCCACGUAUUUCAAUCUUAGCCAAAAUUGUUUGUGUCUGUGUUACUCCAGAGUAGUGAGAACUGUUCUCCGCAGCCCUAUGGAACUUGCAAUCUGUGAUUGCCUUGUGGAAGAGCGCGUCACCCCGCUGCGCGCGUGGCGUCCUGGAUGCUCGGCGACGCUGGAGCACGGUGUGUUCAUGUAGUGGCAUAGACCAUAUCAGACCUGAUUUGCAAGUAUUGGGUCUCAAACUUCAAGUGCAAUGUAUAUGAAAAACCAAUCUGAGCCUUGUAUCCUCUUAAAUAUUUAUUUUUUUUAAUGUGGGAUGUUGGAGAGAAGGGUUCUCCAUUCAUUUCAGCGCUGCGCCGCCGCCCCGCUCAGCAGCGCUCCCCAGCGCGAAGUCUGUUCACCCAGACCCUCCACUGAGCCCUUGUCCUCUGACAUACUCCAGUUUUGUGGGUUUAGUAAUUUUUACUUACAAAUUUACCUUUUUGUAUUUUGCAACCUGAGUGUUUUGGUUUGUUUGAGUUCUGUGGUAGUGAGUGGCUGCAAGAAGCCACAGCAGGAGGGGCUCGGGCUCAUGGCCCCGGACGGGCAUCUUGGUUUCAUUUAUGUGCUGAUCCUCGUAGGCUCGUUCUGUUUAUUUUAUUUUGAGGAAAAUGGGAGUAAAUUCUAGGUUUCUGAAGCUAAUUUGUUUUAGAGGAAUUUUGUUUAAAAGAAAAUGGACCAUUCUGAACUUUGGAAUGAUCCCUUAUCAUUUUAUGAAAAUGAAAACAAAUAAUUAGUUAUGUGAAAACAUUUUUCAAUGAAGAUGUCAGCAUUUUAUGCAAACCAGAGUUACUAGAUGAAAGCAGUAAGUGAAUCUUUAAAAUAUACUUGAUCAUGCACAAACAAGUAUUUUUUCUCUUAAACUGGAAAUAAAUCUAUGUCUUAGAAAUGAUGUAGCCAAAAAAUGUGAAUCUGAAGAAUUUUUUUGCCAAUAGUUUAUAGCAGAUAUAUUGAACCAAAGUGAUUUGAAUUUGUAAAAAUGUAAAAUAGUAUGAACACAAUUUGCACUAUGCCAUAUUUGAACAUCUAGUGAGAUUCACAUUCAUACUGUUUUCAACAUUGUGUUCCUUUUGCAUUCAUUUUUUACUUUUAUUAAAGGUUCAAAACCAA